AUGACGCUCAGGUAUCAGCCAGAUGCUCAAUCCAAUGAUCUAUCAUGGUUAUGCUCCGAGGGGCCAUAUCUAGAACUCAUCAAGAAAUUGACAUCACGAAAUCCUUCCCUUUGUAAACCUGACCCCAAAAACCAUAGAAUUGGAUCCCGAGUGGGGACAUCACGAUCGGUCAUUCUGGACAUUUUCGCUGACCAUAGGGUAACAUCUCAGCACUUCAGCAAUGUUACUGAACUCAAAACUCAUUUCAAGCAACGAGCAGAGGAUGACGGGAGUGGAAAACCAAAUACAAGUCGAAGAGUAUAUGUUUUAGAAGGAUUAGAUCCACAAUUUGUAGAGGCAUAUGGGUCGUACUUCUUCAUGGAUCCGAUGUUUUUCGUCAGGCAAGAAAGAAACACUGUAUGGGAUAUGGGUGAUAUACAGGAAGGAGUCAGCGAUACUCCGUCUUUACCUUCGCUGGAUAGUCCAGACAAGUGUUUCCGUCUCAAAUAUCGCGAAAUGAGGAAAUUCGGUCCAGACUUCGAUCACUGGAGGAUGAAUUGUGCGACGAGUGGAUCACAUAUUGCUGGAAUUGGCUUCGAGUGGAAACUAAACAGUGUGGCUGCGGUGGAGAGAAAGUGUUCCUUUUGGUUCAGAGAUGCCGUGAAUGGGCAAGAAGGAUGGGACGCUGUCAUACUUUGUGAACCCUCGAUUCAUAAAGUACAUCGCGCACAUAGUCUAUUCUCGCAAGAGAUCAAAAGUGAACUAUUCCAAGGUGGCUAUUUGGACUUUAUCGAUUUCGAUGUCUUGACCCGAGACGGCGUGAAUGAGGCUUUUGACGGCCCUCCAAGAACCUGUAUGUUCGAUGAUCUUUGCUUCUAUUUUGAGCGUCAUAGUCCACUUCUGUUUGAAAUGGCAGGUGCGACACCUCCAUUGAUUGCGUCGGCCUUCCUCAAGAAGAUAGUGGCUUCUCAUUACAUGAAAUUGAUCGAUUGGUUUGAAAUAAACGUUCAAAGAUUACAGAGAGCAGGGUGGCGACUUUCCCAUCAAACCGACUUGCAAGACUACGACUCCUGGCCCGAAAAACGCGAACAAUGGUCCAGCCUCCAACUUACUCACCGUCGUCUCUCAGAAUACUGCACCGACAUCCAGUCUAUCAUCCAAACCCUGCAUAUACCCUCCUCUCCACCGCACCCCUCACACUACCUUGCCUCCUCCCUCGAUUUUCCCUUCAUUCACCACUCCCUAUCUACCCUCUACACCCACAUAAACACCAUCAUAACCUCGACACAGGGUCUCUCAUCCAUAGUCGCCAAUCGUGAAGCCCUCCACGAAGCUCGUCUAUCCGUGCGUGAAGCUAGAAAUUCGAAAACAUUGACGAUUGUUGGGCUGAUUUUUAUACCGCUGGCAUAUACAAGCGCACUUUUUAGUAUGAGUGAUGAGUAUAGACCUGGAGGAAAGGAGUUUUGGAUCUAUUGGGUUACGGCACUGCCGAUGAUGAUACUGGUUUUUGGGGUGACGUGGGGGAUGCAGAGGGGGUGGGAUGAACUGGGGCGGUGGGGAUGGGGGAGUUUGAGGGGGACUGAGGCUAGCGCGGAUGGAAAGAGAGGGGAGAAGGUGCUUGGGGUACCCAUCCUGUGA